AUAGAUAGAUAGAUAGAUAGAUAGACAGACUAUCUUUCAUAAAACAAACUGACUCCCUUGCAGCCUCGCCUGUAUUAGAUCUGCAUUAAAUAAAUGUCCCUCCAGGGUAUUGUUGUUCAGCUCUGGCGGUUAUACAUCCAGUGUGUAGUAAAAGUUGUGGGCUAUUGACACCAUCAUGGCAUUUGCACCCACAAUGUUACAGUUAAACUUUAUACCACAACUGGCUUUGCUUUGGUAUGCGCGGCAGUGAGACCGGGUGAAGCACAAUGCAGGCCCAGAUACUGGAAGUUUUAACAGUGAAGUCCAACAAUGAUGUUCAGAGCUGUAGAAAGGUAGAGAGUUCCUCCUCGACUAGAGAUUGUUUUGGGUCUUUCACUCUUACUUCCUACAGGCGCCUCUCCAGCCCCUCAUUUUUACAGUGCUGUAAAAGUGGCUGUAAAACGAUGCAUUGUGCGCCGUUAUUGGGGACAGCUUUCAGCAACUAACUUGUUAACCUCGGGGUUCUGGUUACUUGGAAGGCGUCGCAGUCCUCGGUAAUCAUUUGCGAAUUAUCGUGAUAUUUCUUUCUUCUUUUUUUCCUUUUUUUUCUUCCCACAGCUAAAAUGCAGCACAGGUAUCUUUAAGAGUUUUCUCUUUACUUGGACUAAAACAAAAUAUACGACACAUUAGAGUUGGCUGCUCGGUCUGGGAGGAGUCUGCAGUCGGCUGGUGUUUUAAUUGGCUGCAGUCUUCAGUGAGAAGCGUGAGUAUCAGUAAUUAUUCAGCAAUGUUUUUGUACAAGAAAUGUCAGCCAGAGAGGGCCAUCUUCAUCCGCCGCCAAAUAACAGCGCGACGAUGUCAUGUUCCAACAACCAGGCUGGGAACUCCUUCUUCGUGGACUCCUUAAUAAACGUGAGAAGCGACGGCGCUCCGUAUUACCAAAGUAACAGUCUGUAUUUGCCACCGGCUUCGGAAUAUUCAUAUGGGAUCUCCAGCGGCUCCUGUUUCCCGGCAGUCGGGAAGCGCAGCGAGCCAGCGACCCACAGCGUGAUUCCGUCCUCGGGUCCGUAUGUUCAGGGGAUGGAAACGUGGCUGGAAACGUCCAGGUCCUGCCGAGUGGAUCAACCCUGCAGCGGGCACCAUUUGGCUCAGUGUUCGUUUUCGCCGAGCAUAAAGGAGGAGAGCGCCUGCUGCCUUUACGAGACAGACAAAUGUCCUAAAGGAGCGUCAGCGGAUGACAUAUCCUACUCUGCCGCGUCCUGCCCCGUUACCCCCGGCAACACCGUGCCAGUCCCGGGUUACUUCCGCCUGUCUCAAACCUACGCGUCCUCCAGGUUAUAUCACGAUGUUCAGCCAGACAUGAAUCACUUCAGUCUGCAGCGACCCAGCCGCUUUGAAGGCCAGCCCUCACAGCCGCAGUCCGCCUCUGCGGAGCCGGAGCGCGGGGAGAGUCACGAGGAGGCGCCCGGCUCUGCGCCGUGCGCUCCGGCCAGGGAGGAGGAGGACACCCGCCUCUCCUCGGAGAGCUCGUCUUCCACUGAGCCUGCAGAGACGGAGUGUCCAGACAAGUCCGUAAAAGGAGAUGGCAAAAUGGAGAGCACGGCCAACUGGCUGACAGCAAAGAGCGGCAGAAAGAAGCGGUGUCCCUACACCAAGCACCAGACUCUGGAGCUGGAGAAGGAGUUCCUCUUCAACAUGUACUUGACACGGGAGCGUCGCCUGGAGAUCAGCCGCAGCGUGCACCUCACCGACAGGCAAGUCAAAAUCUGGUUCCAGAACCGGAGGAUGAAACUGAAAAAGAUGAGCCGUGAAAACAGGAUCCGGGAGCUCUCCAGCAACUUUGGGUUUUCGUGAGACUUUGAUGAGAAACGCCCUCUUCCUGUUCCUCCUUUCCACCUCCUCCUCCUUGUCCUCCUCCACCCAAACUGUGAGAGUGCCCUUGGAGAAACAAGGACCCAACUGCUAACUUAUUGAUCAGAGCUUUUCUUGUCGUGGAUUUGUAUUUAUACAUGGUCACAUUUGAUCCAUCCAGUUGUUCAGGCUUGUACAUAAUUAUGCGCUCAAUCUGAGUGAUCCAUUGGAUUUUGCAUGCUGGACUGACCACUGGCUCAUCUGUGUUACAGUUACAUGUAGGCCUUAAUGUGAUGACUGAAAAAGACAAAACAAAACAGAAAAAAUACAAGCGGUCUGGUGAAUAUUUGCAAAUUAGCUGCUCAGAUGAAUAAAAAGAAUAUUACCGCACAAAACCACAGGCUUUGUGCGUUGUUGUAAAUGUUUA